AACCUUAGGACGGAUUCAUCUUGCACUGCAGAAACACAAUCCUCCACUGUUUAUUGCACAUGUCAAAGGAAGAUUUUUGCUUUAACUCACUGACUUUUGUCUGGAAUUAACAGAGCAGAAAUGAUUGAACAUUAUUUGCACUUUCACUAAAUAUCAAGUAGAUGUGAUAAAACAACCUACAUCUUAAUCAGAUUUGAACCUCACAAUAGUGUUUCUUUGUUAUGUAAGGCUUUGCCACGUGUUUGCUGCGCCUUGUCCAGCUCUCUGAAGAGAUCCAGAUGUAGACUUUUGAGAAAUCUCCAAAGCAUCCGACCUCUGGCGCCUAGAAGGCAAUCACUGCAGGCAACAUGAAGGAAAACAAGAGAUUACAUCUGAUUCCAAGAGAUGUAUUCAGAUAAAUAUGACUUUGCCUUACAUAUCGUGUGUUCUUGAUAAAUAACAAGAAAAUCCUUUGUCAUAAUGUAAAAACGCUGAAGAAUAAUAAAGAAAACUCUGCAAAAACAGCGACACAAACAGCUGUUUGACAUCUGCAAAACAUUUAUUCUCCCUGUUAUAAGAUUUCCUCUUACAUUCUGCCUUCACUUCGUCACGUGGGACCAAACAGUCUGCUGCCGAGCCUUUGCUCAGAGCUGAGAGGAGCUGCAGCAGCAAAUCAGUUUGUUUGCUGUGGAUUUCAGGGUUUUCCUCCUCAGCCAUGGAUCUUAGAGGGCUUCAGGUAACACUUUGUCUUCUUCUGCUGUUGCACUGCUCACUGCAGCAGACAUCCUCCAAGAAGAGGAACGGAAAGAAAGACUCAGUAACAAGUGAUGCGAUUGAGAAGCUGCAGAAACAAAUUGAUGACAUUGUUCAGGAGCUGAACCUGCUGAAAGAGCACCAAGCCUUGCAGACAGUUUGUCUGAAAGGCACAAAGAUCCUGGGAAAGUGUCUCCUGGCCGAUCCAGUGAAAAAGACCUUCCACGCAGCCAACGAUGACUGCAUCGCCAAGGGAGGCAGCCUGAGCACCCCGCUGACGGCAGACGAGAAUGACCAGCUUCACAGCUACGUUCGCCAGAGCGUCGGGCCGGAGGAGCAAAUCUGGCUGGGCGUCAAUGACAUGGUGAUGGACGGACACUGGGUGGACCAGACAGGCUCCAGCGUACGCUUCAAGAACUGGGAGACUGAGAUCACCCACCAGCCCGACGGGGGGCACGCCCAGAACUGUGCCAUCUUGUCCACCACAGCCAAUGGGAAAUGGUUUGAUGAGAACUGCAGAGCAGAAAAGGCCUCGGUGUGUGAGUUUAACAUCGUCUGAGAGGUUUACUGCCACUCUUUAGACUCUGAUAUCUCUCUAUGCAGAUGAUAUCAGCAUUAAACUGAAACAGAUUUAAGCUGCAGUUUUCCUUAGACCUCCGUUUCUACAUGUCAUUAUCAGAAAAGAACAUUAAAUGACACAGUAUAAACUACUCACUGGAACCUUUAUGUGAAUUAUAAAAAUACUCAUGUUUAUGUUAAAAUAUAUCAGUAUGGCUUGUUUGUGUAUUGUGUGCUAUAUGUAAUCAAAUCUGCUUUAUAACUGACGAUCAAUUAUAUGUUUCUGUGGCAUCCUGGUUUUUAUUUCCACAAGCUUUAUGUAUGACAUGAUAUGGAUAAAAAUGUACAGUUAUCCUCUA